CCACAUUGCACACAGGUCAACAGGUGGAAGCAAAGCAGUUCACUUUGUAUUUAGCAGCCUUGUGUGAAUGGUAUUUUUUCACGGCACAUAAGUUGUGAGGAUAAGGGGUGUGUACCUGUACAAUUGGUGUGCAUGCACGUCUACUUGGAACUAUGCUGAGUGAAUGUACACAUCAUCACCAAACUGUUUAAGGUGACUCUUCUGAAAGCUCAAAUUCAUUUGCUCUACCUGAAAAUGAAGGAAUGCAGAAAAGAAUGCUGAGAUUGGCCUUUUGCAGGUGUGGUAAACCAUAAGAAAGAACGACAAGGAAUAAGAAUGCUGAAAAAGAGCUAUUGGGAGUAAGAGCAGCUGUGAAUUCCAGUUCAACUGCUAUUCUGAUUAUUAUUAUUCCUACCUUUCUUUCUUUCUUUAUUAGCUUCAUGCCUAUAGCAAUGGACAAAAAAAUUAAAAACUGGCUAACCCUUAUCCUGCUGCAUGCCAUUAUUGAAAACAGCAAGGGAUGCUACUGUGACCAUUAUCCAUGGACUCCCUGGUCUAGUUGCUCACAGACUUGUAAUUUUGGGAUUCAAAGCAGGUAUAGGCAAAUACAAGUAGAUGAUUACUACAAUAAAAACUUCUGUCAGCGACUCUGCACCACUCAGGAAUCCAGGGCUUGCAACCAACAGAUGUGUCCAAUCAACUGCCAACUUGGAGACCUCGGUCCCUGGUCAGAAUGUGAUCCAUGUGUUAAAAAUCAAUUUCGCAUCAGAUCCUUGAUCCAACCCUCUCAGUUUGGGGGACAACCUUGCAGUGAGCAACUGGUAGAAUCCCGGCGGUGCUUUCCCACCAAACUUUGCAACAUAGAGGAAGUCAACUGUGAGAACAAGUUCCAGUGUGAUAACGGGCGGUGCAUUAGCCAAAACCUGGAAUGCAAUGGGGGAAAUGACUGUGAGGACAAUUCAGAUGAAAGGAACUGUCGGCGUAUACGGCCUCUGUGCAACAGAAGGCAUGAGAGCCUUCCUGGCGUACAGUUAAUGAGUCAUGGUUUUCACCUUCUGGCAGGAGAGAACCGAGGAGAAGUCCUUAGUAGCUCUUUUAAUGGAGGCAAAUGCACCCUUGUCAAGAGCAACGACACACGAAAAACAUUCCGUGUUCCUGCAAACUUGGAGACUGUCAGCUUUCAGGUAGAGAAUGAAGAAGAUGAUGUGGCAUCUGAUUUUUACAAUGAUUUAAUCUCCCUAGAUUCUGCUACUUCUAGUCACAGUUCUUCCUCUAGCUCAGGCAGAGGAUCUUCUGGAAUCCCACUGCUGUUCUCCAAAAAGAGAAAAGUCAGGAUCACAUCCUCAGCUUCCUUCAGGGAAGCUAUACAAGCUUCAUAUAAAAAGAACUCCAACUUUAUUAGGAUUCAUAAAGUGAUUGCAGUAUCAAACUUCACAAUGAAACAGUCAGAUUUGCAGCUGUCUGGUGUCUUCUUGAAGGCCCUCAACAGCCUGCCUCUGGAGUACAACUAUGCCCUCUACAGCCGGAUAUUUGAUGACUUUGGGACUCAUUACUAUACAUCUGGUUCCAUGGGUGGUACAUAUGACCUCCUCUAUCAAUACAGUGCUGAAGAGCUGAAAACCUCAGGUUUAACACAGGAAGAAAUGAAAGAGUGCGUUCGAACAGAAACAACUAGGCGUGUCCUUUUUAGAAAGAAGAAAAAAGUGCAUACAAGAUGCACCAACAAUGAAAUGACUGCUCGCCAUGAAGGUUCAUUUUUGCAAUCUUCUGAAAAAUCUAUAUCAUUAGUAAAAGGUGGGAGAUCAGAAUAUGCUGCCGCUCUUGCUUGGGAAAAAAGAGGAGUUUUGCCUGAACAUGUUACAUAUAUGAAUUGGCUGGAAUCAACCAAGGAAAAUCCAGUUGUCAUUGACUUUGAGCUUGGUUUAAUUUUGGAUUUGGUGAAGAACUUUCCAUGUGCAGCAACUAAGCGACGUAACCUCAGGAGAGCCCUUAUUGAAUACAUGGAACGAUUUGACCCUUGUCAAUGCAAGCCAUGUCCCAACAAUGGCAGGCCUAUCCUCUCUGGAACAGAAUGCCUCUGUGUGUGCCAGGCUGGUACAUAUGGCAAUAACUGUGAGCUAAGAGCACCUGAUUACACAUCUGUUUCUGUGGAUGGUUACUGGAGUUGCUGGUCCACCUGGAGUUCCUGUGAUGCCUCCCAUAAGAGACGCAGGACACGGAUUUGUAACAAUCCUUCCCCCCUAAAUGGAGGGAAACCAUGUGAAGGUGAACAGGAGCAAGAAGAGGAGUGCCACUUUUCCAUAUUUGCUGACAGAGGGGCCCUGUGUAUAAGUGAUGAUGAAGCAAAAAAGGAGAGUGACCUUUUGGUCCAUCAACCUGAAUUAGGAUGCCUUAAACCAGAUCCUCCAGAAUAUGGAUUCAUCAGGAAUGAAAAGAACCAUUAUGCUGUUGGUGAAGUUGCUGAGGUUGUGUGCCUGAGUGGAUACAGUCUUGUGGGAUAUCCAUUCUUUCGCUGUCUGUCAGAUCAAACAUGGGUACAGAGGCCUGUUGAAUGUCGACUGUCUGCUUGUCCCAGACCAUCAACAUCUCAGGAUGUCUCCAUUUCCCCAUUUAAAAGUGAAUACAACAUUGGAGAAACUAUCCAGCUAAGGUGCCCUGCAACCUUUGAGCUAAAUGGCCAUAUGCAAUACACUUGUGGCAAAGGCCCAUCCUGGAAGCCUCCCAUUUUGAGACGACUUACUUGCGAGAGAGCUGAUUACAUUCAAGACCAAGGUAGCUGCAGUCCAGGCCAAAAGCUGGCUGUCUCUCAGUGUGUGUGUAUGUCCCCAACAGAGGAUUGUGGCCACUACUCUGAAGAUGUUUGUGUACUGGAACCAGCUUCUGAACAAACUCUUACAAAGCCCAGCUGCCAGUUCUUGGCAGAAAAAUGCCUGAGAGAGCAUUCCUUCCAUUUCCUGCAUUCUGGUCCCUGCCACAGUGAUGUUGACUUGAGCUGGGCCAUCGAAAGGGUCAAAAUCUCUACAGGCAGCAUAAAGAAGGAGCCCUGUGGCUAUAAUGUGUGCUAUGACUGGGAGAAAUGUUCAGAGUCACAUUGGGAAUGCUUCUGCCUGCUGCCAAACCAGUGCCCACGAGGUAAUGAGGAGCAAGUUUUCUGCAUUCAAAUUAGGUCACGAAAGAUGACAGCCAACCUCUGCAUGCUGGGGACAAUGAAAUGUUCCAAAAGGAACUUUGAAGUACUACAUGAAGGAAGUUGUUUAGAGUGAAAGCCAUCAAGCUCAGGAGUGGACUGCCUGCUCUUCUAGCUGUUGCUUUUAUGCUGGGCCUCUUGCCACUAAACCACUGCUAGUCCCAACAGCUGAUAUAAAACAGCAACCUAAGUA